AUGGCGAUUACUAUUUAUUUCAUCGCCACUAGCCUCCCUGACCGCCUUGCCUCGGUUCGUGACGCGCUUCUUCUGAAGCACCCUAGCGAGCUCGUUAUCAGCGUCCUUGAGUCUGCCCUCAAGGACAUCGAGAGCAACAUCCGCUCGGUAGCCUCUGCCUCAAGUGCUGUGCCCCCCCCACUGUUCCACGGGUGCACUGUCCCUCAGCUGCCCACCUUUACUGCCUCCCUCGCCACUGCCGCUACUGACGUGACCGCAGCUGCUGUAACGACUUCUGUGCGGUCUAGAGCUCGGAGUGGCAGGAGGGGCGGCCAGGGUGCGGGCGGCAGCAGAGGCGGCGGAGGUGGCGUUGCGGGCGGCGGUGGUGGGAGUGCAGGAGUUGGUGGAGCGCCUGGUGCCGCGUCUAGUGACUCCCCUAGUGCGGCUGGUGGAGGUGCCACUCGGGUUAGUCGGGCACCUGCGAGACUGAAAGCUGUAGGUGCUGGAGUGGCGGCUUGGUACCUGGCUCAACGACAACAGCAGCAGCCACUCCUCUCGCAGCAGCCACAGCAGCAGCAGGGGCAGCAGCAGGGGUCAGGACCGCGUCAGCUGUCGCGUGGUGACGCCCACCCUUCCUGCCCCUAUAUCGUCCAGACAGCUUAG